AUGUAUACAGUUGAUCUCCAAGCAGUGCACGACUUCCUGGUCGAAGUAGCAUACAAAGCAGGCGAGACCAUUCGCUCGGCUACACCUGCUGUGACCGGUCAUGGCACAAAGAAGAACUCGGCAGAUCUGGUGACAGAGACCGACCAGGCAGUCGAGAAGAUGGUUUCGGACAUGCUGAAGGAGAAGUACCCAGACUUUGAAUUUAUCGGCGAAGAGACUUACCACCCUGACCUCGCCCUCUCUUCCAAACCGACCUUUAUCGUCGACCCGAUCGACGGAACCACAAACUUCUUCCACGGCCAUCCAUACGUCUGCGUCUCCCUCGGCCUCGCCAUCGAGAAGAAGCCUGUCGUCGGCGUCAUCUACAACCCUUUCACCAACGCUCUCUACACCGGCAUAAAAGGCAAAGGAUCCUACGUCACAGACGCCACGCACGAUCACGUCCGCCUUCCACUCCGCGAGCCAGAACCAUUCGAAGACUUAAGCCACUGCCUCGUCGCAGUAGAAUGGGGUUCCGAUCGCGACGGCACAGACUACGAGACCAAAGUCGCCACUUUCAAGAAACUCUGUGCGAGCAAAGCCCUCGGCGGGGCGAUGGUGCACGGCAUCCGCAGUCUCGGGUCCGCGGAGCUCAAUCUCUGUGGUGUCGCGGCGGGGCAUCUAGAUGUGUAUUGGGAGACGGGGUGUUGGGCGUGGGAUGUGUGUGCGGGAUGGGUGAUUCUGGAGGAGGCGGGAGGGAGGAUGUUUGGAGCUAUGAAGGGGGAUUAUGAACCCAAGGUGGAUCAGAGGAGGUAUAUGGCGGUUAGAGGAGGGGAGGGACAGCAGAAGAUCGCGGAGGAGUUUUGGGGGUGUGUUGAGGGGAAGAUUGAGGUUGGCUAUGAUGGUGUGUCGUGA